CCUGCCCGACACCAUGCGCCCGGCGGAGCGAGCCUGCCUCCUGCUCGCGCUCCUGCCCGCCGCCUUGCUCGCCCUGGCGCCGCCGCCCGCCUCCAUCCCUGCCGCCGCCGCCAGGAACGCCAGCAGCUCCCGCGACCGGGCACUCGCCGUCUCUCCUCCGCCGCCAGCCUCCGCCGGGAAUCAUAGCAGCGGCGGUGGCACCCAGCGCAGCCCGGUCUUGGCGAUGCUGCACGACCUGCCGGCGCUCAAGGCCGCCGUCAUCGGAGCCUGCGCGGCCAGCGCCUGCCUGGUGGCCUGCCUGCUGUUCCGCGUCCUCAGGUCUGGCAGGAGGAUUAAAAAGCCGCGCAAAUACGACAUCAUCACAACUCCGGCAGAACGUGUGGAAAUGGCCCCCUUAAACGAAGAGGAUGAUGAUGAGGAAGACGCCACAGUGUUUGACAUAAAAUAUAGGUGAGGCUGUUGGACCAGUCUUCUCAGGAACGUUGUCCCCUGUAGAAAAUGAUGCAAGGACCUUGGACGCAAAGGAGAGAUGGAGAAUAAUUUUUUUGCAUCCACAACAUUUGGAUUUUCCACUCUUCUCAACAGAAAAGAGCGAUGCUGGAUUUGCAGUUGACACGUUCCUAAUAAACAUGGCUGUUAUGCUCCUGGAGGAAUGAUGUGAGGAACUGAAGGACAUCUUCUUUCUGAACUUCUUAAUGCUAAAGACAAUCCUUCUGUUUUACUGUAGCUUCAGAUGCCUCUAACGAAUUAGAGAACUGAGGUCAGCCACAAGCGGUAAUGUUGGUUUGACGAUUCAAAGGCAGCCAAGAUGUUCUUUGCUCAAAAUAUUAAAGUAGACAGAUGGAUUUUGAUUGCAUUCUGGGAUUGGUUCUAAGUUGGCUAAAAUCUUGUAUACAACUUGGAACUUGUAUCAACUAUGCUGCAAUUGUUUUGCAAGGGUUAUAUGUAUAUUUGUGUUCUGGGGGGGAGGAUUUUGGUGGGUAACACAUUCAGUAGAUAAUUGAUUCCUUGCUAUUAAUGAGGACAAGUGCCGUGCUGUAUUAAUUUACACUAAGGCUCCCUGUUUUUACAGAGAGUUUUCCCCAACCUUUUUUUCCCCCCAGAAGGUGAAUUCUGGGCAGCAGGGGAAAACAAAAUGCAGUAGACUAUUUCAGGGGGGAGGAUUUUUUUUUUCUAAAUUCCCUGCAUCUUACAUCCUUAUAGGGAGAACUGCUUUUUUACAUAUGCACUCUUUUGCUUUCUAUAGUUUCUCAUAGUCUUUUCAUUUCAAGACAAUUAGCAGUCAGAUUACUGAAUUGGAAGAAGAGGUUUUGCCUUCAUGCCAGAAUGGUCCCAUCUGUUCUCCACAACUUCCCCAACUUGGUUUCUCUCGAGAAAUAUUGAAUUUUUACUGACUGGCAAUUAGGACAGCUGAAACUCAACACAUCAAGUGUCUAGAUAGCAGCUUCACUCGUUUCAUCUUGGCUUAAAUUUUUCUUAGCUGUGGACUGUUUCUUUUUCCUUUUAAUUAUACCUAACAAAUGAAUAUAAGGCAAAAUGGAUGGUGUUUGUUUCCUUCUUUCUCCAGGAGAGUCAAAUGCUUCUUUAGUACCGCUGAAAAAAUGGCCCGUUGGUCACUGCUCCUACAGGCCACAGUCCUAAAGGCCAUAAUAAAGGGUUGAGUUGUGUUGA